CACCAACAUCAACCCCAUAAUAUUCGACACUGCUACAUUUCUGCUAAGGAAAAAAAAUAUCUUUUUAUUUUCAAAAAAUGGAGGGGAGAGUAUCAGGUGGUGGAGGGUGUUGCAUUGCUCAAUACGGCCACCAUCACGGUCCUACUCAAAACUAUUACAACCCUUAUGAUGCUUCCAAAAUGGACCGCAUCAUGCUCCGCUUCCGCCCCAUCGCUCCCAAACCGGUUCCCGGGGGGACAACAACAACAACCACUUCCACCACCACCACCACCACCACCACAACCAACGACACGUCGAUGUCUUCUCGCAGAGGGAAAAAGCGAAACAGCGCCGCCACCGGAACUGGCGGUAAGAAGAAAAGGAAAUCAUGCUCUCCAGAUGAUACUAAUAACAAUAAUAAUAAGAAAUGUGAUGCUUCAUCAUCCAACGGCUGCAAAGUAACGGUAACCCUUCCUUUAUUACCUGAAACCCCUGAUCUGAGCCCUAGGAAAAACAAUCAAGUGGGUCUGGGCCAAUCCAAGUCAUCACCGGAGCCUAUGUGGUUGUGUUUCGGAUCGUCCGAUCAAACCAAUCAGACGGCUCCAGACGUCGUUAAUUCAACCGUGAUAAUCGAAGGGGUGUCCGACACGUGGGUGGAUGGGAACAGCCUAGGACGUACAGACGAAGAAAGGAAGCAAAUGUUAGAAGAAGACACGUGUCCAGGGUUUAUAUCCGACGCGUGGAAUCGGGUUUGUUGGACCAAUAAAGCGUAUGGAAAAAUGGUGACCGGAGAUGAGGACACGUGGGGGAAGGAGAGAGUAGUGAUGGUGAAGUUAGGGAUGAGAGAGAAAGUAGAGUUGCCGCCGGUGAAUUUAUUCGCUGCGUUCACGUGUAGGGUAAAAGUGGUGUACUACAGUAAGCAAGGUGUAAUCAACGGCGGAGGUCAUUCUCUAACUGUGCCUUGUGAUGUUUGGAGAAUGGACGGUGGAGGAUUUGCAUGGCGUUUGGAUGUUAAAGCUGCCUUGUGUUUAGGUCGCUAAUUCGAUCUGUAACUAAGCCAAAUUAUUACCGGGAUAAAUAUUAAGAUUAACUCGAGAUAUUUACUAAUCUUAAUCUAGCUUGUACAUAUACUGUUUUUUUUUCCUAAUUAAGGUUUUGCAGAAAUAUAAUGGUGUUUUAAUUUUUUGGCUGA